UUUUCAGUCGUUCCUAAUCUAACGAGUUUUUCAACUUGUUAACUUAUCGAGGUAUGCCCAUCACCAACGUUUCUUUCUUUCCGGUGUGGCUCGUUGAAUAGAUCGGACGAAAUGGCUGCACAUAAGUCGUUCAGAAUAAAGCAAAAGCUGGCUAAGAAGCUGAAGCAGAACAGGUCCGUUCCCCAAUGGGUUCGUCUACGUACUGGCAACACAAUUCGCUACAACGCUAAGCGCCGUCACUGGAGGCGUACCAAGUUGAAGUUGUAAGCUGUUGAUUCCAGAAGCUCCACAAUUUAUUGGAAUGCUAAAGAUUCUUGAAAAGAUAUGAAAUAAAUUCGAUUUUCGGAUUAAAA